UCUCACAUCACAUCACCUCCACCACACGCAUGCCCGCCUACAUCCCACGACCCUCCGAACCCGAACGCACAGCAUGGACAAUCGGGCGCACACCUCUUCCGUAGACCACCUGAGUCUCGGCGGCGAGAAGUGGGUCGACGCCAAAGAGGACCACCACGACUCGAACGCACUACAUCAUUUCCCGACCCACGACGACGUCCCUCAAGGCAAGGUCCAGCACCACGAAUACGCCCAGCGGGAAGGUCUGCCGGGUGUGGAACAAGGCGAUCGUGGGGUUGCGAAUGGAGCAGAUUUCCACGCAGCUGGCGCAACGACAACAUCGCAUCAUGUUGGAAGAACGAGACAAUUCCUCGGUCUGCAUCCUCAGGCGCCGAUCGAGAAAGAGCAUGAUGCUGGGGAGCACGCCGACCUGCUGCUACCGAGAGUGCGAGGAGCGCUGAAAGAGCCAUUAGCAGAGUUCUUUGGAGUAAUGAUACUGGUGCUGUUCGGAGAUGGGAGUGUCGCGCAGGUAUUGCUGAGUGCCGGAGUGACCACGGCACCGGGCGGGAACGGAUAUGGAGACUAUCAGAGCAUCAAUUGGGGGUGGGGUCUGGGAGUCAUGCUCGGGAUCUAUGUCGCAGGAGACAGCGGAGCAUAUCUGAACCCGGCCAUUCUCUUCACGAAUUGCGUCCUCCGAAAACUUCCAUGGCGACGACUUCCGGCAUACUUCGUUGCACAACUGCUUGGAGGCUUCGUUGGCGCUGGAAUCGUCUACGCUAACUAUAUUGGCCAAAUAAAUAGUUUCGAGGGCGGUCCUGGCCUUCGCACCGUGCCGCCGGCGCCCAAUGCAACGGCGGGCAUUUUCUGCACAUAUCCGCUUGCUGAAGUCACAAAAGUCAGCCAAUUCUUCAGCGAAUUCAUCGCCAGCGCGAUCCUCAUGUUUGUCAUCUUCGCGUUGAAAGAUGACAGCAACAAGGGCACAUUCUCGGCGAGUGGAAGCUGGUUUCCCCUGGCGUUGUUUUUCCUCAUCUUUGGUCUUGGAGCAUGCUUCGGUUCCAACACCGGCUAUGCAAUCAACCUCGCCCGAGACUUCGGUCCGCGCCUCAUGUCAUACGCUGUAGGCUACGGCUCGGAAGUCUGGAGUGCCGGAGGCUACUACUUCUGGAUUCCUAUGGUAGCACCAUUCUGCGGAUGCCUUUUUGGCGGCAUUAUGUACGACCUCGCCAUCUACACGGGACCUACGCCGAUCAACACGCCGUGGAUGGGAUUGAAGGAGCUGUUGAAGCCGCACGAGCUGAUUGGUGAUCGAGUGCAGGCGCAGAAGAAUGAUGGGUUGGUGUAA